UCUUUGUGGUUAACGUUUUAAAAAGAUUUAAGAUUGUUUGAUUUUCGAGAAAAUGCCAUCAUCUACUGGAAACAGAACACCAAGACGAGAUGCUCCAAGUACACCAUCUCGAAGAGGACGUAGUGCAGCAAACACUCCAAAUAGACAGGAUCAAACUCCUUCCCGAAGAACAAGAAAUGGUGCUAAUGGAACUCCUCGAAGAGGCCAAGCCACCCCUUCUAGAGGUGGUGAUUCAGGAAGUGAUAUAUCGACUCCUAUGCGGUGGGGAAAUGCUCCUCAGAGGAAUAGUGAAGUUGGUUCUUCUCCACCCGCUGUUGUAGCUACAAGUCCUGCAGCAGCAUCUGGAAUGAGUGAAAUAGAUUUAAGCUCUCCGUUAAAUUAUGGAACCCCAGCUUCGUUGGGAUCAGUUCGUACUCCUCGUUCAGGAAUUCGUGGAACUCCAAUUAAAUUAAGACCAGACGUUCGGUCCGAUAAACGCAUUCGUCAAGUAAACGUCGGUUCUGAUCAAUUAGAACCAAUUCCAGAGUCUCAAGAAAGCGACACUGCCCCACAAUUAGUUAUUUGGGGUACAAAUGUUUCUGUAGCUCAAUGCAAAAAACAAUUUAAACAGUUUAUCUUGAGAUACAUUGAUCUAAAUGCUGAUGAUGAUGAACGAACAGAAACUAUGAACAUGGAGGAACCAAUGUAUAUGCAGAAAUUAGAGGAAAUCUUAGCUUUAGAGGAACCAUUUUUGAAUGUGAAUUGUCAUCACAUUGAAACAUUUGAUGAGGGAUUGUAUAGACAACUGGUUUGUUAUCCCCAAGAAGUAAUUCCUAUUUUAGAUAUGACUGUAAAUGAGAUGUUUUAUGAACGACAUCCUGCUGCCAGUUUGGCUCACCAAAUUCAAGUUAGACCUUAUAAUGCUGAAAAAACUAAAAAUAUGAGAUCUUUAAACCCAGAAGAUAUUGAUCAGUUAAUAACAAUAUCUGGUAUGGUUAUUAGAACAUCAAAUAUAAUGCCAGAAAUGCGCGAAGCUUUCUUUAAAUGUAUAGUUUGUUCAUUUUCAACGGUUGUCGAAAUAGAUCGUGGCCGUAUUACUGAACCUACUCUUUGUACUAAUUGUAACACUAAUCAUUGUUUUACUUUGGUUCAUAAUCGAUCACAAUUUACUGAUAAACAAUUAGUAAAAUUACAAGAAUCUCCAGAUGAUAUGCCUGCUGGACAAACACCACAUAACAUCAUUUUAUUUGCUCAUAAUGAUUUGGUUGACAUUGUAUCACCAGGUGAUAGAGUAACAGUCACUGGAAUAUAUCGAGCUCAACCUUUACAAGUAAAUCCACGUAUGCGAAAUAUUAGAUCUGUUUAUAAAACUCAUAUCGAUGUAUUACAUUUUCGAAAAGUUGACUCGAAACGUUUAUAUGAAGAAGAAGAAGGGAAAGAUCAUUUUUUGCCACCCGAACGUAUCGAAUUAUUAAAAGUGUUGUCGCAAAAGCCGGACAUUUAUGAGCGUUUAGCAAGAGGACUAGCGCCUUCAAUUUAUGAAAAUGAAGAUGUUAAAAAAGGUAUUUUACUACAAUUGUUUGGUGGAACGAAAAAGACGUUUGUUGCAUCAGGAAGAACGAAUUUCAGAGCGGAAAUUAAUAUAUUAUUAUGUGGUGAUCCUGGAACGUCAAAAUCUCAACUGUUACAGUAUGUUUAUAAUUUAGUACCAAGAAGUCAGUACACUUCGGGAAAAGGAUCUUCUGCUGUUGGUCUUACAGCUUAUGUUACUAAAGAUACAGAAACAAGACAGUUGGUUUUACAAACAGGAGCAUUAGUUUUAGCCGAUAAUGGCAUAUGUUGUAUUGAUGAAUUUGAUAAAAUGAACGAUUCAACUAGAAGUGUUUUACAUGAAGUUAUGGAACAGCAAACCUUGAGCAUAGCUAAAGCUGGUAUUAUUUGCCAGUUAAAUGCAAGAACUUCUAUUUUAGCUGCAGCAAAUCCAAGUGAAUCACAAUGGAAUAAAAAUAAAACUAUCAUUGAAAAUGUUUUUCUACCACAUACUUUAUUAUCAAGAUUUGAUUUGAUCUUUUUAAUAUUGGAUCCACAAAACGAACUCUUUGAUAAACGUUUAGCUAAACAUCUAGUUUCCUUAUAUUAUAAAACAGUUGAACAAGAAGAAGAUGAAAUAUUGGAUAUGUCCAUUCUUCGCGAUUACAUUGCUUAUGGAAAAGAACAUUGUCAUCCAAAACUAAGUGAGGAUGCUUCUCAAAAAUUAAUCCAAUCUUAUGUCGAUAUGAGAAAAAUUGGUUCUGGUCGUGGACAAAUCACAGCAUAUCCAAGACAAUUAGAAUCUUUAAUUCGUCUCGCUGAAGCGCAUGCUAAAGUUAGAUUUUCAGAAGUGGUUACAGUGGAAGAUGUGGAAGAAGCUUAUAGGUUACAUAGAGAAGCUCUUAAGCAAUCUGCUACGGAUCCUUUAUCUGGUAAGAUCGACGUUGGAAUUUUAACAACAGGUCUUAGUAGCGCCUCUCGCAAACGACGAGCUGAAUUGUCUGCUGCUGUAAAGAAACUUAUUGAGGAUAAAGGAAAGAUACCAACGAUUAAUUAUCAGAAAUUGUUUGCUGAGUUAAAAGAAUCUUCAGCAUUGAUGGUUACAAGGGAACAGUUCGAAGAUGCUUUGAAGGAAUUACAGGAUGAUGGGGUUAUUGUCGUAAUGGGUAAAACUAGUAUAAGAGUUUGCGUUAAUAGGGAUUAAUAAGUCGUUUUUUAUGAAGUCUUUUUCUUCAAAUAUAUUUUUCUUAAACAA